AUGAAGCAGGGCGUCAGCUCAUGGACGGUGACAGGCGCGACCUUGCUGCUGUGCUGCCGUUUGCGUGGUCACCGCUGGAGCCGCAGCCGUCGGGGAGCAGUGAUUGAGAACGACGAGCACGUGCUUGCCAUUCGGCGCUGGCUGGAUGAUGUUAUUAUUGGCUAUAACUUUUGCCCUUAUGCUCGCCCGACGGAUGAGGCGCAGCAAGUCCGUAUUGUGGCCAGCUCCUGCCGCUCCCCGGAGGGUGUAUUGGAGGACUUGUCAAUGGAAGCCGUUCGACUUCCAACUGUGGCCCAAAAGGACAUCGAUCCCGGCCAGCCGGCAACUACCCUGCUGGUUUGUCCACAUGUGGUGGAGUGGGAGUCCUUCGACGAGUUCCGAGCCUUCUACGACACGGAGCUGUCAAAUGGCUACAUCUUUGCAGAGCAGGACCUCUACAUUGUGUACUUCCAUCCCUCCUACGGACGCGGCUGGGGUCUGAGCGCUGAUCUCGGGCGGUCAAGAUUUCGGGUUUACGGCUUGCAGCAAGUACAUGAGUUCAGUUGA